AGAGAGAGAGAGAGAGAGAGAGACUGGCUGAAGCAGCGAGACGGCAAAGGCUACUCUCAUGCAUUUCUCUUAUCUUCUUUCAACCUAAAUUCUCUAUUUAUUUUACAUUUUAUGAUAUUCUAUUUUUGGUGCAUAUUGUGAUAUAAUAUCAGCGGACCUGAAUGGAAGAAUUUUAUUCCCAAAGAAAAGUUUUCGAAUAAGGUACACCGAAAAAUAAAAUAUCUUAGACCACUUUGAGUCUUUGUCUGAACGUUUUUUUGAAGCAUUAUUUUGUUAGGAUUUGGAUCUUAAUUAAAUCCGACUCCCACCAAAACCAUUGAAAUAUUGUGGUUUGGAAUAGGGUGAUUAAGAGGAAGACAACUCGGUUGCCAAAUAAAGUAUAGUUAGUGGUAGUGGAGGAUAAGUUUUGGUUAGGAGCAACAAGGCUGGGUUUAAGGUUAGUGGAGCAUAUUUGAGGGUGUUUGUUCUCUGUGCACGAGGGAGUAGAUAUGCCUUAUAUUGUCUUUAAAUACAAAAAUAGAAGAAUUUAUCAUCGUGUUGUAUACGUAGGUUAAUUACUGACAUAUGAACUAGCUAGUUCAUCCCUUAAUUAGGUUUGUAAGUAUCAGUGAGAUGAACCUGGACACAACCAAUUAUAUAACUUAUAAUAGAUGAGUCCCAAAAACAAAAGAUUAGACAUUUAAGCUGUCCACUAGCGGAUUUUGAGUGGUGCUAAUUUUGUUCGUGGCUUUAGGUUUAUGAUCGAUUCCUCCAAUUCACAAAAACAAGUAAGAAAAACUAAGUUUUGUAUAGAUUUUUGAAUAGUAGUUAUAAAAAUUUUGGAUUUAUUUUAGCAAAAUGUGAAUAAUGAAAAGUUAAGUUGGGCCCAUUUAAUUGGCAUGUGAUAUACUACGUCUUAACACAUAUCGGCCCAAUAAAAAAGCCGCGAAAGUGGCGGUUCAAAACAUAGGCGGGAGGUGAAAAUGUCGCCCAUUCACGUUUCCCGCUACUCUCAAUUUUUCUUUAUACUCUCUCUCUCUCUCAGUAAGAUUCGAUCUAUAUUCUUCUCCUAAUCUCGUUUGGGAAUUAUAUUUGUGUGACCUAACUAAAAUAAUGCCUACCAUCGCCGGGCCGAGUCUGUCUUCUUACAAGCCCAGAGUCGCCGCCGUAACGGAUGAAUCCGCGAUUCCUCGGAAGAAGAGAAAGCUGAGAUCUAAUUCAGCGGCAGUGAAUCUCCCGUCUGAGAAUUUGUUGAUCACCACGCCGAAGAAAUGGAAAUCGAAAUCGAAAUCUCAUCGUCCAAAUUCUGUUUCCAAUUCCAGAAUCUCAGAAAAGGAAGACAUUAAUAAAACUUUGACAAAUCCAGUCAAUUUGGGAGAAGAGAACUUAUCUAACUGGAAUCCUAGAGAUGACGAGCAGAUGAGAGCUGUGAAGGAGGCGCUACACGUGUCUAAAGCACCAUCAACAAUUGUUUGCCGUGAUGAUGAACAGACACAGGUUUUGGAGUUUGCGAAAGGUUGCAUCGAUCAGCGUAAGGCUGGGAGUUUGUAUAUAUGCGGUUGUCCUGGAACUGGAAAAUCAUUGUCUAUGGAGAAAGUAGUACAACAAGUCAGUGAUUGGUCACACCAGGAAGGUUUGCCACAAGUGGAUACAUUGUCUGUGAAUUGCACGUCGUUGUCGAAAACAACAGAUAUUUUCAGCAAGAUACUUGGUGUAAACGAGCCUGGUAAGAAAGCUAAUGGCUUCUCUUCACCUCUACAACAUCUUCAGUUUCUGUUUUCUCAAAAGCCAGAAUCGUCCAGCUCUAGAAUGAUGUUAAUAAUUGCAGAUGAGAUGGAUAACUUGAUCACAAAAGACCGAGGAGUCUUGCAUGAUCUUUUUAUGCUUACUACUUUGCCAUUUUCGAGGUGUAUACUUAUAGGUGUAGCAAAUGCAAUAGACCUUGCACAUCGUUUCCUUCCAAAAUUGAAAUCCCUUAACUGCAAACCUUUGGUUAUCACUUUCCGUGCUUAUUCUAAAGAUCAAAUCCUUAGGAUACUACAGGAAAGGCUUAUGGUUUUUCCAUAUGUUGCAUUUCAAUCUAAAGCCUUGGAGCUCUGUGCUAGAAAAGUUGCUGCAGCAUCAGGUGACAUGAGAAAAGCCCUAUGUGUCUGCAGGAGUGCUCUAGAAAUCUUAGAAACAGAAAUAAAUGGAUCAACUGGACAAGAGUUACAUGGUCCAACUUCAGAUGAUCCGGUGGUAAGGAUGGACCAUAUGGCUACUGCAUUAUCAAAGACGUUUAAAUCUCCUGUAGUUGAAACUAUUCAGUCUCUUCCUCAACAUCAACAAAUCAUAGUAUGUUCUGCUGCAAAGGCUUUCCGAGGGAACAAAAAGGAUUCAACCGUUGGGGAGCUUAAUAAGUUAUACCUAGAGAUCUGUAAAUCUUGGAUGAUUUCUCCAGCUGGAAUUACAGAGUUCUCUAACAUGUGUACAGUGCUAAACGAUCAGGGGAUUUUAAAAUUAGGCCAAGCUCGUGGAGAUGAGAUAAAGAGAGUUAGCCUGAGAGUAGACGAAUCAGACAUCACGUAUGCUCUGCAGGGAAUACGAUUUUUCCGCAACUGUCUGAUGUGAGAAAUACUUCCUUCGUAUAAAGGUAAACAUCCUGGACAAGCAAUGGAGAAUUAAGUUGUAAAACCAUGGGUAGGAUUAUUAGGGUUUUUUUUUUUCUUCUUUUUUUUUGACAACAGUUUUGUAUUAGGGGUUUACAUAUAACUUUUAUUUUAUUUGGGGGAAUAGAACAUGGUUGUAAUUUUAGUGUAAAGUGCUAUACUAAUAUACUAUAUAACUAAUUUAUAUACACAAUGGUUAAAACCAUAGGAUGAUGAAGUUACAAACUUGCAACACUAUGGUUUGAAAAAAAAAAAUGUUCAAAACAGUUUGUCUUGUAAAUUUUUUUAUUCUAUACGUAACUUGAAAAAGCCAAAAGUAAUUAAAAAGCAAUUAAAAACUUCAUUUUGUAACCGUUUUAUAGAAGGAUUUUUCUCACAACUUUGGGUGAUUUGUGGAAGUGAAGUGGGUUAUACCAUUAGUUCUUGAGCAAAUGUACGGUCUCUCCAUAGAAUACUACUCAUUGUUAUCGUCUGGGAGGGUGUGUGAGCUCUGAGGAGAUUCUGAAACGGAGUUGGUUUGUAGUGGGAUUAGUUCCUUUUCCCGGUAAAAGUGGACUUAUCUCUUUGGUUUUAUCGUAGUCUU